CAGUAGCGAAUCCUUAAGGGUGAUCGAUGGUCCCCCAUAAGACCAACAAUCGUUCUGAAGUUAAAGAGGUGCCAAAUGCUUCCUAAAACCAAUUGGUGAUAGGAAGGUGGACACUUUGUAUUUAACCACAUCUCUCUAUAGCCCCAAGCCAAGGUAGAUUCCUAUAGGGCACCCCCUAUAGUUCACUACGGCAGUGCGGAGCCCCACUACUGAGCGGUGGAUGGACAGGAGGGGCUUCGCAAGAUACACGACUCGUGUACCUCGUCAGGUUGGACAGCGCUGUAGGGGAGCCUACAUCGCUGUUCCAGAAGUUUCUGGAAAUCCAACCUUGGCUCAACAGCGAUGUCUUAAUUCCAACAUCGCUGUUGGAAGACUUAACGCCAAACCAUGUUUUUGGCUACCCAGGCCAGACAACGCUGUUGAUUACCUCUACAUCGCUGUUGGGCUUGGUUUAGCCAGACCCAUGAGGACAUUUCCAGUCAUCAAGUCCACUGUUGGAGGCUCAAAGGUGAAGCUUUCGCAGAAGAAAUUGGGAAGAAAGCUUCGCCUUCCCAAUUCUGGAGUUGAAGUUGGGAAAUUUCCAGUCAAGAAUCUGGACUGGAACAUCAUUGGAAUUUCUGGGCGAACUCCUUCUGGCCCAGCAAAGAAAGCAGAUCUGAACAACGAUUACAAGUUGAUUUUGGAACUGGUCAUCGCCUGCCUCGAAUGUGGGAGUGGAGGUCAUGCCGAUGACAUCACACAGGAGAGAGCCUUCAUCAUCAACGCUCUCAUUACCAAAACUAAGGUAAACUCGGUUGCACACUUUUUCAAUUCCAUCUCAAAGCAUUUGGGAAAGCCCAACCAGAAAUAUCUUUGUCAAGGACUAUACGUUGGACAUAUCUUGGAGUCUAUGGGUAUUGCUUCUAAAGGAAAGAAGUAUGGAGAAAGAUACUGGCUAUACUACUUAUCCUCGAAAGGAGAAAACAGAGCCAGUGCUAGUACCACUGCAGAAGAUAGCUCAUCAGAUAAUGUCCUACUCAUCCAUAUGGCAAAGACUGCCAAAAGAAAGCAAGUGGUGUCCCCCUCUCCCUCCAUUGAAGCACCACAGAAUCUUGCCUUGGUAUGUUUGGAAGAAGAAGAAGAAGUCUCUGACCAUGGAGAUCUUCAAAGGAAGAAGAAGAGAAAGAUCAACUCUUCAUCAACAUCCAAAAAUGUCAAUUCGGAUGAGUUGAAGGAGAAGGAAACUACUGAGGAAACCUCUAUUCAAAACCGGAGCCCUCAACAAUUUGAAGAAGAAAUCCCUCCAGUCCAAAGCCUUCCAACCUCAUCUCAGCCUCAUACAAAUGAUGCUGACAACAAAUUCUGGCAACUCUACUAUAAUUGGAGAGCUUGGAAAGUUGGAAAUUCAGAAGAGCAACUGUUGGAUUGGGACCAACAGCUGAAGAAUGAAAAGAUUAACAAGAAAUGCCUAGGACUACCAGUCAACCACUGCUGUGAAGACAUCUUGGAUGACUACUGGGUAUGGCAAAGGAACAAUGAGGAUCUGCAUCUGGAACACUUGGCCACUACACCAGUUUCAGACUUUGAAGCAAAUGAUGAAGAUACUGCAGUCUACAAGCCAGUCUUCUCAAAAGCCACAGAAGAUCAAAUGGCUCCCACUUCUGAAGAAAUAGCUGUUUUGGAAACAACAGCUGAGGAUUUCCCUAUCUUUCCGGAAUCCUCACCCGCGUUUGAAAUGGUUCUGACUGAAACUGUUCACGAGAAGGCAGCCUCUCCCCCACAAGAGCAGAACCAGGAAGCAACUGAAGAAGAAGAAUUUCAGCGACUGAUCCAAUCUCAAGUGCUCGAGAUCCUCACAACUCCUUGUGAGAUCUCCAAUCAGACACAACUUGAGAUUCUGGAAAAGUCAGCAGAAAUUCCGGAACAGUCAGCUAUUCCAGAAAUUAUGGAGAAAGAAG